GCUGUGUGCAAGGUGUUACGUCAUUACUUCGAGUGGGAGUUGAGGCUCACGAGACGGUGUGUUCUCAGUUUAUUCAUGUGCUUAGGUAUUUCGAUAUUUGUUUAAGUUUAAUUUUGGCAGGGAUAUCUACACUUUGUUUAGUUAGCGAUUGAAUUUAAAAUAUCAUUCUGAAAUAUCACUGUUGGUGGAGAAAAUGAGUGUUGAGGCGUACGGGCCGAGCUCGCAGACUCUCACGUUCCUGGACACUGAGGAAGCGGAGCUGCUUGGAGCAGAUACCCAGGGUUCGGAGUAUGAGUUCACGGAUUUUACCCUGCCGAGCCAGACUCAAACAGGCCAAACGCAGAGUCAGUUGGAAAAUCAGGUGAAUGGGCCUGAUGGAGUACAGCAGAAUGGGGAUGACCCUGUUGUGAAAGCAAGUCAACUUCUUGCAGAGUUGAACUUUGAAGAAGACGAGGAAGACAGCUAUUAUACUAAAGACCUCCCAGUCCAUGCAUGCAGUUACUGUGGCAUUCACGAUCCUGCUUGUGUGGUGUAUUGCAACACCAGCAAGAAGUGGUUUUGCAAUGGACGUGGCAAUACAUCUGGCAGCCACAUUGUGAACCACCUGGUCAGAGCCAAGUCCAAGGAGGUGACUCUGCACAAGGAUGGUCCUUUGGGGGAGACGGUGCUGGAGUGCUACAACUGUGGCUGUCGCAACGUCUUCCUCCUGGGGUUCAUCCCUGCCAAGGCAGACUCUGUGGUGGUACUGCUUUGCAGGCAGCCAUGUGCCAGUCAGAGCAGUCUGAAAGACAUCAACUGGGACAGCUCCCAGUGGCAGCCGCUGAUCCAGGACCGCUGCUUCCUGUCCUGGCUGGUUAAGAUCCCCUCUGAGCAGGAGCAGCUCCGGGCCCGCCAGAUCACCGCCCAGCAGAUAAACAAGCUUGAGGAGCUCUGGAAGGAAAACCCCACAGCCACUCUGGAGGACCUGGAGAAGCCCGGCGUGGACGAGGAGCCUCAGCACGUGUUGCUGCGCUACGAGGAUGCCUACCAGUACCAGAACAUCUUUGGCCCCCUGGUCAAACUGGAGGCUGACUACGAUAAGAAACUCAAAGAGUCCCAGACCCAAGACAAUAUUACUGUCAGGUGGGACUUGGGACUCAAUAAAAAGCGGAUUGCUUAUUUCAGCCUUCCCAAGACGGACUCAGGUGACAUGCGCCUGAUGCAGGGAGAUGAGAUUUGCCUGAGGUACAAGGGAGACCUUGCCCCACUCUGGAAAGGCAUUGGACAUGUCAUCAAAGUCCCAGACAACUAUGGCGAUGAGAUAGCCAUUGAGCUGAGGAGCAGUGCUGGGGCCCCUGUGGAAGUACCACACAACUUCCAGGUUGACUUUGUGUGGAAGUCCACCUCCUUUGACCGGAUGCAAAGUGCCCUGAAGACCUUUGCUGUGGACGAGACCUCUGUGUCCGGGUACAUCUACCACAAGCUGCUGGGUCACGAGGUGGAGGAUGUGGUCAUCAAGUGUCAGCUGCCCAAACGCUUCACUGCCCAGGGCCUGCCUGACCUCAACCACUCACAGGUAUAUGCUGUGAAGACUGUGCUGCAGCGUCCUCUCAGUCUCAUCCAGGGGCCCCCUGGCACGGGGAAAACUGUCACCUCUGCCACUGUAGUGUACCACCUGGCCAGACAGGGCAACGGGCCUGUGCUGGUGUGUGCUCCCAGUAACAUUGCGGUGGACCAGCUGACUGAGAAGAUCCACAUGUCAGGUCUGAAGGUGGUGAGGCUGUCUGCCAAGAGCAGAGAGGCCAUCGACUCCCCUGUGUCCUUCCUGGCUCUGCACAACCAGAUCCGCAACAUGGACAGUAUACCAGAGCUUCAGAAGCUCCAGCAGCUGAAGGACGAGACUGGGGAGCUGUCCUCCUCGGACGAGAAGCGCUACAGGGCCCUGAAGCGCACCGCCGAGAGGGAACUACUUAUGAAUGCUGAUGUGAUCUGCUGUACCUGUGUGGGGGCAGGAGACCCCCGCCUGGCCAAGAUGCAGUUCCGCUCCAUCCUCAUUGAUGAGAGCACCCAGGCCACUGAGCCAGAGUGUAUGGUGCCUGUCAUACUGGGGGCCAAGCAGCUGAUCCUGGUGGGAGACCACUGCCAGCUGGGUCCAGUAGUGAUGUGUAAGAAGGCUGCCAAGGCGGGCCUGUCCCAGUCCCUGUUUGAGCGUCUCGUGGUGCUUGGCAUCAGGCCCAUCCGUCUGCAGGUGCAGUACCGUAUGCACCCGGCCCUCAGCGCUUUCCCCUCCAACAUCUUCUACGAGGGCUCCCUGCAGAACGGAGUCACCGCAGCUGACCGCAUCAAGAAAGGCUUUGACUUCCAGUGGCCACAACCAGACAAGCCCAUGUUCUUCUACGUGACCCUGGGCCAAGAAGAAAUUGCAAGCUCUGGAACCUCUUAUCUUAACAGAACUGAGGCUUCCAACGUGGAGAAGAUCACCACCAGGCUGCUAAAGGCUGGGGCCAAGCCUGACCAGAUAGGCAUCAUCACCCCCUACGAGGGCCAGAGGUCCUACCUGGUGCAGUACAUGCAGUUCAGUGGCUCCCUCCACACCAAGCUCUACCAGGAGGUGGAGAUAGCCAGCGUUGAUGCGUUCCAGGGCAGAGAGAAGGACUUCAUCAUCCUGUCCUGUGUCAGAGCCAACGAGCACCAGGGCAUUGGCUUCCUCAACGACCCACGCCGUCUCAACGUGGCUCUCACCAGGGCCAGGUAUGGGGUUAUCAUCGUGGGCAACCCCAAGGCCCUGUCUAAGCAGCCUCUGUGGAACCACCUACUCAACUACUAUAAGGAGCAGAAGGUUCUGGUGGAGGGACCCCUCAACAACCUGAGGGAGAGCCUCAUGCAGUUCAGCAAGCCCCGCAAGCUGGUCAACGCCAUCAACCCUGGGGGCCGUUUCAUGAGCACAGCCAUGUAUGAUGCAAGGGAGGCUCUUAUUCCUGGAUCUGUGUAUGACCGCAGCAGCACUGGACGUUCAUCCAACAUGUACUUCCAGACCCACGACCAGAUCGGCAUGAUUGGUCCGGGCCCCAUGGCCUCCAUGAACAUUCCCUUCAACCUGGUCAUGCCCCCCAUGCCGCCGCCAGGCUACCUGGGCCAGGUCCACUGCCCCCCAGCAGGCCGUGGUGGAGGUAUGAAGGGUAAGGCGGGCGGCGGAGGGGUGCGAGGUGGGCGCCAGCGGAGCCGUGGCAUGGGGAACCACGGCGGGGGCAGCGGGCAGCACGGCCUCAUGAGUGGCAGCCAGGCCAGCCAGGACCUGGGCUCCCAGCCCUUCUCCCAGGGACCCCUCACACAGGGCUACAUCACCAUGAGCCAGCCUUCCCAGAUGAGCCAGCCUGGCCUCUCCCAGCCUGAACUCUCUCAGGACAGCUACCUUGGCGAUGAGUUCAAGUCCCAGAUUGACGUGGCCCUCUCCCAAGACUCCACCUACCAAGGGGAAAGAGCUUAUCAACAUGGUGUGACUGGACUGUCCCAGUACUAGAGUGUUGUGGGAAAAGGAGCUAGGCCUGUGCUGAGCUUAGUUCGUCGCCAUUUUAAUCUGGGUAAUAUCAAAAAAAGAACAUAUGGAUACCCGUUUUCCACUGCUACAACUGAAGCACCACUGUGUGAAAGCAACAGGAGAGAGACCGAGAGAAACCAACCAAUCACAAGAGUGAGAGAAAAAUGGGGGUAGAGCUGGACAGGACAAGAGCGAGGAGGAGGGAGAGAGAAGGCGCUGCUCGCACACGGAGAAAAGGAGAAGCAGCAUACGUUGGGGUAGCAGCGUCAGAGUGACAAGCCCUUUGAUGAUGAGUCGAGGGGUGAAAGGUCAUGGAUCCUCAAUGGGGUCACAUCAGUUGGCUGAGGACAUUGUUCUCGGAGCAGAGAGACUGAGAAGAGUUCUCACACAACCCUCCAACCUCACUCUACAAAACCGUCUCCUGCCAGCUAGCGAGGGGAAAAAGGGGCCGAAACUCUUGAAGCAGUCAGUCGAUUUGGGAAAAUUUCUAACCUCAAAGUUGAUCCGUGCUCAUGCUCUGCAUUUGAACAUGUUUGAGCGAGAGGUGAGAGGUUUUGGGCAGACCAAGAAUGGUCUUGUUGAACGUCUCAAACGGAAUCAAAUGGUGCAGGAGUCGGAAGAAUACUGACCAUUCAUCUUUUUCAACUUUGAGUUGGAAAGUUUUCUACAUGAGGUCUGUUGUUGCAGAGGUUUUGAAAGCUGGUGAAUUUCACUGGCUUUCCGCUCUGGUCUUUCUGAAGGAUAAGUGGUGGAAUGGCUCUUGAAACAAUUAAAGGAAACAUUAUUGUCUCGAGAUCUGAAGUGGUGGACUUGAAAGAUCUGUAGUUUGCGAGACAGGUUUUUGUUUUUUUCUUAAGUCUAUCUGUAGUACAAAAAGGAGAGUAAAAAGAAUACCAUAACCAAUUUAUUGUAAUCGAAAAAGCAGUCCUCACUUGCUCUUUAAAAUGACCUCCAAAUUAUUACUUUAAAAUUAGUCACAGCUUCACAGACAUGAAAUGCCACAAAGAAAGCACUUGUAGAAUGCACAUAUCAUUUGCAUGGCUACAUGGCUAAUUGAUUAAUCCACAUUAAGCAGAGAAGUUAUCCCUAGAGACCCAAGUUUAAACAUGAAAUUAUGUAUUAAAUCAUGUUUUACUUUGUUGGUCAACAACUCAUAAGAGGUGUUGCAAGGGAACAAGAAUGUAUGUUCAGAGAGGUUAUAGUAAUGAAAAGUGUGAAUACUACUGGGAUUAGACUCCGCAGUAUUCACAAGUGGAAGUCUGGACCUGACUACUGAGGAAGGUUAGAAGCCUCUGGCAACUGCUAAAUGUAGGUAUUCAGUACUGGCUGUCAUUGGCCCAUGUGAAAAUGAUAACUGAAUGAAGGUUAUGAACUCACUUAAAAAUAUAAAUACAUAAUUUCUGACCAUACCUUGAUGAGUUUGUUGACCGAAGGGAGGCAUUUCUGUCAGUAUGUGGCAGAGCAUGAGAAUAAAUAUUUGUAUGUUGGUGUUGUAGCUACUUUUAUAUUUAGUGCCCAUGAAAGGUUAUGGUGUAGAUUUGUGUAGCCCCCACCACAGAUCUAGUCUCAAACCUGACCCUAGGCAAACCAGUGGGUACGUUCCUUUGCUGAUGCAGGCCAGAUCGUUAUAUACAGAUAGAUAGAUAGCAAUCUCGUCCCUGACGACAUAGUCGAGGACGUGCCAUGCAACCAAUGGUUGAUGCAUGCAAUGUCUGAGCAGGGGAACGUGACUAGGGUCUGGUUUCUAUUCUCGUGUUCCCCUGGUCAGACAUUGAUACGUGCAAUCAGUGGUUGCGUGCCCUGUCAUCAACUAUGUCAUUAACUGACAGAUUGCUAUAACAUGUGUGGUUAGCUUUAAAUGCCAUCAACGCCUGGGCACAGGAACGCCCCCGAUGAUGGACUCUUUUAGCAUAGAGGAACUGUCACUACCUACACUAUAUUUCCAGCAGUCUGUGGACACCGAUUCAAAUGAGUGGAUUCGGCUAUUUCAGCCCCAUCUGUUACUGAGGGGUAUAUACAAUAGAGUACACAGCCAUGCAAUCUCCAUAGACAAACAUUGGCAAUAGAAUGACCUUACUGAAAUGCUAAGUGAAUUUCAAUGUGGCACUGUCAUAGGAUGCCACCUUUCCAACAAGUCAGUUUGUCAAAUUCCUGCCCUGCUAGAGCUUCCCCAGUCAAUUGUAAAUGCUGUUAUUGUGAAGUGGAAACGUCUAGGAGUAACAACGACUCAGCCGCAAAGUGGUAGGCCACACAAGCUCACAGAACGGGACCGCUGAGUGCUGAAGGGCGUAGCUUGUAAAAUUAGUCUGUCCUCGGUUGCAACACAUAGUUCCAAACAACCCCUGGAAGCAACAUCAGCGCAAGAACUGUUCGUCGGGAGCUUAAUGAAAUGGGUUUCCAUGGCCGAGCAACCGCUCACAAGCCUAAGAUCACCAUGCGCAAUGCCAAGCGUUGGCUGGAGUGGUGUAAAGCUCGCUGUCAUUGGACUCUGGAGUAGUGGAAAUGCGUUCUCUGGAAUGAUGAAUCACGCUUCACCAUCUGGCAGUCCGACGGAAGAAUCUGGGUUUGGCGAAUGCCAGGAGAAAGCUACCUGCCCCAAUGCAUAGUGCCAACUGUAAAGUUUGGUAGAGGAAAAAUAAUGGUUGGGCUGUUUUUCAUGGUUUCAACUAGGCCCCUUAGUACAAUGACAUUCUAGAUGAUUCUGGACUUCCAACUUCGUGGCAACAGCAUGACAAUUCCCCCUUGCACAAUACGAGGUCCAUUCAGAAAUAGUUUGUCCAUCAGUGUGGAAGAACUUGACUGGCCUGCACAGAGGCCUGACCUCAACCCCAUCGAACACCUUUGGGAUGAAUUGGAACGCCAACUGCGAGCCAGGCCUAAACGCCCAACAUCAGUGCCGGACCUCACUAUGCUAUUGUGGCUGAAUGGAAGCAAGUCCCCGCCCGCAGUAAUGUUCCAAGGAAACCUUUCCAGAAGAGAGUAGGCUGUUAUAGCAGCAAAGGGGGGGACCAACUCCAUAUUAAUGCCCAUGAUUUUUUGAAUGAUGAGCAGGUGUCCACAUACAUUUGGUAAUGUAGUGUAAGGGAAAAAAUAUUUUCCAGGGACUCUCCCAACAAACAACGAGGCAGACAUGCCAGAACGUUGCGAUUCUAAACUAAAGUUUGUAGGCAAAACUUUUGCAGGGGUUUUAUUGAAGGUAGUUUAUGCAAACUAGCCACUUGCUAAAUGCACUCAUUAAAAAUAACUUCUGUGAUCUCUAGAUACUUUUUUGUAUUUUAUCUAAGUGGAUAAAGUAGUGACGUAGUUCCAUUAUGCCAAGAGUCCAUACUUUAAACCAGAUCCUAGUCACUGUGUUGCCUAGGGUUGUGUUUUCAAGCCUACCCCCCCCCCCCCCCCCCCCCAAAAAUGUAUUUGGUAGAUUGCGAGAACACUUUUUUCCGGUUGAAGUUGAAAUUUUACUUUCCCCUUUUGAAUGUCCUUUUUAAUUUUGAUAAAACUACCAAUACAUAAAUCUUCAAACAUGUAGUAGACCUACUACCCUGUCACAUGGAGAAUCAUUGAUGCACAGUGCCUUCAGAAAGUAUUCAUACCUCUUAUUCCAUUUAGUUGUAUUUAUUAAGGAUCCCCAUCAGUUCCUGCCAAGGUAGAGGCUACUCUUCCUGGGGUCCAGAAACAGUAAAAUACAAUUUAAAAUAUUACAUAACAUUUCAUAACACUUUUCACAACACAUUAAAUGUGUGCCCUCAGGCCACUACUCUACUAACAUAUAUCUACAAUACAACAUCCAUGUGUACAGUCCCCACUGUUCCAUAAGGUGUAUUUUUCUGUUUUUUAAAUCUGAUUCUACUGCUUGCAUCAGUUACCUGAUGUGGAAUAGAGUUCCAUGUAGUCAUGGCUCUAUGGAUUUUGGGAUUGUGAAGAGACCUCUGGUUGCAUGUCUUGUGGGAUAUGCAUGGGUGUGCAUUCAGCAUGUCAAUACUUCUUACAAAAACAAAUAGUGAUUGACUAAAUCUUUCCAACUUUGAGCCAUGAGAGAUUGACAUGCAUAUUAUUGUUAGCUCUCUGUGUACAUUUAAGGGCCACCCAUGCUGCACUGUUCUGAGCCAAUUGUAAAUCCUUCUUUGUGGCACCUGACCACACGACUUGACAGUAGUCCAGGUGAGACACAACUAGGGUCUGUAGGACCUGCCUUGUUGAUAGUUAAGAAGACAGACAUCUCCCCAUCUUAGGUACCGUUGCAUCAACAUGUUUUGACCAUGACAGUUUACAAUCCAGGGUUACUCCAAGCAGUUUAGUCUCCUCAACUUGAUAAAAUUCCACAUUAUUCAUUACAAGAUUUAGUUGAUGUUUAGUGUCCCAAAUACAAUGUUUUUAGUUUUAGAAAUAUUUAGGACUAACUUGAAUUGUACAAUAUUUGUACAUUACUUCUAAAAUUCUCAACCUCUAGCAAUGAUCAACAACCAACUUGACAGACAGCCAUUUUCAAGUCUUGUCAUAGAUUGUUAAGCUGAUUCAAAGUCAAACAUUCAAUGUCAUCUUGGUAAGCAAACCCCAGUGUAUAUUUGGCCUUGUAUUUUAGGUUAUUGUCCUGCUGGAAGGUGAAUUCGUCUCCCAGUGUCUGUUGGAAAGAAGACUGAACCAGGUUUUCCUCUUUGAUUUUGCAUGUUCUUAACUAUAUUGUAAAUUAUCCCCCCAAAAACUUCCCUAAUCUUUGCUGAUGACAAGCAUACCCAUAACAUAACGCAGCCACCACCAUGCUUGAACAUAUGGAGAGUGGUACUCAGUAAUGUGUUGUAUUGGAUUUGCCCCAAACACAACGCUUUGUAUUCGGGACAAAGUUAAUUUCUUUAACACACUUUUUUGCAGUUUUACUUUAGUGCCUUAUUGCAAACAGGAUGCAUGUUUUGUGAUAUUUUUAAUUCUGUACAGGUAAAAAAAAAAAAAAAAAAAAACUGUCAUUUAGGUUAGUAUUGUGUGUAACUACAAUGUUGACCUGAGGAUGGAUUUCACAGCCAUUAAACUCUUAACUGUUUAAAGUCACCAUUGGUCUCACGUUGAAAUCCCUGAAUGGUUUCCUUACUCUCCGGCAUCUGAGUUAGGAAGGACGCCUGCAUCUUUGUAGUGACUGGGUGUAUUGAUACACCAUCCAAAGCGUGUAAUUAUUAACUUCACCAUGCUCAAAGGGAUAUUCUAUUUCUGCUUAUUUAAUUUUUUGACCCAUCUACCAAUAGUUGCCCUUCUUUGCGAGGCAUUGGAAAACCUCCCCUGGUCUUUAUGGUUGAAUCUGCGCUUGAAAUUCACUGCUUGACUGAGAGCCCUUACAAUGAUCUGUAUGUGUGGGGUACAGAGAUGAUAAACACUAUUAUUGCACACAGUGAUUUUUACUCCUGAACUUAUUUAGUCUUGCCGUAAAAAAGGGGUUGAAUACUUGUUUACUCAAGACAUUUCAGCUUUUCAUUUUUUAUUAUUUUGUAUUUAAAAAAUUAAGUAAAUCCACUUUGACAUUAUGGGGAAUUGUAUGUAGGCCAGUGGCACAAUCUCAAUUUUAAUAUUUUCAAUUCAGGCUCUAACACAACAAAAUGUGAUUACUUUCUGAAGGCACUGUAAUUUGUAUCAUUGAUGGUAAAAUUUCUCACGUGUAAAAGUUGUAUUUUGUGAUAAUCCUACUUGUCACUUCCCUGCUAUGUUGAGUUUUAGGUCUGAAAUCUUUCAUUCUGUAAUUCUGAAUUGUAUGUAACCAUCACUCGUGAUUCAUUACGGUACCCUCCAUUCCAUGUGUGAUAGUGUCAUCUGACAAUUUUUAUGUCAUUUUGCUGAGUCGUGUUAGGCUAUGAUUUUCAGAAGUCAUUGUCGUAUGCUAAUGUGGUUAAACAUUUUCUGUUAUGAACACCUGUGGAAAGACAUUUUAAGAUGUUACCCAUUCUGACUAAAUGUGUUUACCUAUCCAUAUCUUCUAGACAUUAACCACAUCCCUCCAAAUACAUUUUGAAAAUGUGUUAUUUCUGACAGCGUUCCCUAUUUGACAACCUGUGCAUGUGCUGUUCGUUAGUACACCUCAAUUAUCAGGUUUCAUCACUAAACAUUCAUGUAUCUUUAUGAAAUUAGCCUAAUGUUUCAAAAGGGGAACUCUUGAAGAGAAAAUAAACUGCUGCUGCAAUACAACUAAAUGGUUAGGGUAUGAAAUGAGUUCAAGUAGAUUAAAUAUUGGUCCACUACAAAUGGUAACUGAUCUUUGCUCAUCUUCAAAUAUCGUUCAAACAAAACCCCACUCUUGAGUGUCUCAUGGGUUACAGGGAUUUUGGAAUGCCAAGAACCUUCAAUUAGGAAACAAAAUAGUCUAGAUUUGUCCUCUUUCUCCCCCCAUAGCUCGUGUCAUCCUAGUAUCAUUUAUUUUCAUUAUUUGCUUCUGCAGGGUUUUACUUUGGAGUGAAGUGAUGUUUCUUUCUUCUUGGAAAUUGCUUGAUUAUGAUUCUAGUUAUUUGGUCAUCUGUUAUACUCUCACUGAAAUGUCAUCCUUGUAACAUCUUUGAAAAAAAUAAAGGUUUCUUUUCACUCAUUUUAA